AUGUUUACGAGCUCAGCAUACCCUUCCCAGUUGUAUUUCAAAGGUCCAUCUUUCUCAGCCAAUCCUCACCAAACAUCGACCAUUACUCCUUCAACUCCAGCACUCUUCAAAGCCAUCAAGCUAGCAUUCUUGGCUCUUGGCUUGUUCAAGUUGCUGAUAUGGUAUCGAGUGGCAACAUCAGAAAAACAGCUGGGUCGAUGGCUUGAUUUGUGGAUACCCAACCAUGGUAGAGAAAUCAUCUGGAGUUUUAAAGAUAAGAUCCCAGAAAAUUUGAGGAUUUUUCUUAUGUGCGUUUUACGAAUUCUAAUUAUUUAUGCGUACUUGGGAAAUGCGGGAGGGUACUUGGGCCUUGUCAAUUCAUCGCAAUUGACCAAGAACAAAUUUAUUGCAAUUGAAUUUAGUAAACAGCAAGAUUUGCUCUUUUAUGAUCCUAAUGACAACCAAGUUGGGUUGGAUAUUAACAGCAUUAUCUCAAUCAAGACUGCCAAUAUGAUGCUGCAAAGUGUGAAUUUGAAGAGUGGGAAUUUGAUUACUGCUUGGAUUUAUUACAUGAAUGAGAAGAAGUUGGAGUUUCCAAACUGUGGGAUUUCAUUCAAGCAGGAUUGUCGGGCAUGGAGCCCAUGGCACUGUUUAUAA